UCCCGCGCCCCUCGGCGUCCGCGUGCCCUCCUGGCGCCCCCCCGCCCGGCAGACCCGGCGGCGCCCCCGGGGCUGGGCGCGAUGGGGGCGGCGGAGCCGCUGCGCUCGGUGCUGUGGGUGAAGCAGCAGCGCUGCGCCGUGAGCCUGGACCCCGCGCGGGCGCUGCUGCGCUGGUGGCGGAGCCCGGGGCCCGGAGCCGGCGACCCCGGCGCGGAUGCGUGCUCUGUGCCCAUCUCCGAGAUCAUCACCGUGGAGGAAACCGACGUUAACGGGAAGCACUACAGCAGCGGGAAGUGGCAGAAGAUGGAAAAGCCUUACGCCUUCACAGUGCAUCGUGUGAGGAGGGCCCGGAGGCACCGCUGGAGGCGGGCGCAGGUGACCUUCUGCUGUGCCGACGAGCAGCUGCUCCACCUGUGGCUGCAGACCCUCAGGGAGCUGCUGGCGAAACUGACCUCGAGACCGAAGCACUUGCUGGUGUUCAUCAACCCGUUUGGCGGGAAGGGGCAAGGCAAGCGCAUCUACGACCGGAAGGUGGCGCCGCUGUUCACGCUGGCCUCCGUCUCCACCGAGAUCAUCGUUACCGAACGUGCCAACCAUGCCAAGGAGAGCUUGUAUGAGCUCAGUAUAGACAAGUUUGACGGCAUCGUCUGUGUGGGCGGCGACGGCAUGUUCAGCGAGGUCCUGCACGGCCUGGUGGGCAGGACACAGCGGGACGCCGGCGUGGACCAGAACCAGCCCCGCGCGGCGCUGGCACCCAGCCCGCUGAGGAUCGGCAUCAUCCCCGCGGGGUCGACAGACUGUGUGUGCUACUCCACCGUCGGCACGAACGACGCGGAAACGUCCGCCCUGCACAUCAUCGUGGGGGACUCGCUGGCCAUGGACGUCUCCUCCGUGCACCAUGACGGCGCGCUGCUGCGGUACUCAGUGUCCUUGCUGGGGUACGGCUUCUACGGGGACAUCAUCAGGGACAGCGAGAGGAAGCGCUGGAUGGGGCUCGUCAGAUACGACUUCUCAGGUUUGAAGACCUUCCUCUCCCAUCACUGCUACGAAGGGACGGUGUCUUUCCUCCCAGCGCAGCACACGGUGGGCUCUCCGCGGGACGGGAAGCCCUGCCGGGCAGGGUGCUUCGUUUGCAGGCAGAGCAGGCAGCAGCUGGAGGAGGAGCAGAAGCGGUCGCUGUACGGCUUGGAGAGCGGCGAGGAGGUGGAGGAGUGGAAGGUCGUCUGCGGGCAGUUCCUGGCCAUCAACGCCACCAACAUGUCCUGCGCCUGUCCCCGGUGCCCCAGGGGCCUCUCCCCGUCCGCCCACCUGGGGGACGGCUCUUCUGACCUCAUCCUCAUCCGGAAAUGCUCCAGGUUCAACUUCCUGAGGUUCCUGGUCAGGCACACCAACCAGGGCGACCAGUUCGACUUCACUUUCGUUGAAGUUUACCGCGUCAAGAGGUUCCAGUUUGUGUCCCAGGCGGCGGAGGACGAGGACGGCAGCGUCCGGGGCCGCGGGAAGAAGCGGUUCGGGCAGAUCUGCAGCGACCAGCCGCCCUGCUGCUGCGCCGCGCCCAGCAGCUCCUGGAACUGCGACGGCGAGGUCCUGCGCAGCCCCGCCGUGGACGUCAGGGUCCACUGCCAGCUGGUCCGGCUCUUUGCACGAGGAAUCGAGGAACCAGGCAGCUGAGACACCACCUCGCGACGCCCGCCUUCCUGCUGUGCUCGGGAAGUGUGACGCUUACUUAAGGAAGUUACUGCAGACCAAUUAUGUUGAUAUACCUUUAAAUUUAGAAAUUUAUUUUUGAUAGUUAAAUCUUGAUUUUAGAAAAAAUACCUUCUGUCACCAGUUCUGGGGCCACGUUUGGCAUUUUCAGUUCUGUGUGAAUCCCAGGGCUGCAUGUGCUGUAACGUACUGUCAGCAGGCGGCACUGGCGGGCUUGGGGCGCCAGCUUCGCGACUGCAGCCGUGCCGCCGUGCAGAUCUGACCAUGUGAGUGCUGUGCAUCGGGGGGGUCGCGGCGUCUGGAGGGCCGCAGGUGGGAUUCGCCGGCUCGUUCUGGUGGCUGUGAGCCAGGCCUGGAGAGCAGUUGGUGGUCUUUGCCUGCGUCCUGGUUCGUGGCCGGGCGUCGUUACCGGGCCCUCCCUGUCCCUGCAACAGCAAGGCAACACUAGUCCUGCUUCAGGUCACACUUGCAGAGCAGCCCGAUUUAGCGCGAGGAGGGUGCUGACAGUGAUGGUGCUGUGUCUUUACGCCCUCGGUUCUGGCUUUCAUCCUAGGGCUGUUUCUGAGACAAUCCAGCUGGGAGCAGGACCAAGGCAGGAGCUCUGGGACUGGCAGCUUGUAAAGCCCUCGCACGUGUCUUACUGUUUUAAAUAUAGAAAACCUGUGCUCCCUGGAGGUGCAGGGUGGACGGCAGAGGGCAGCUGCGCGGUGGGUGAGCUUCACGCCGAGGGCCCACCCCUGGGGCGAGGGCCCCACCCUCCGGGCUGACUUUGGUGCAGCCCCGAGUCUGUGUCCGUGGGCCAGGUUUGUUCUUUUCUCAUCUUCACACUUAACUUCUUUGUAUUUAUUGCAAGUUUUGUCCUUUAAGCCGGAAGGCUGCCUGCGGGGUCCUGACUGUCGAUGUUUCGGUUUGCUCCCCGCUCGGGGGCGGGGCGCUCCCGCCGGGCCUCGUUUGGUCUGUGCUCCCUGUGUGCAUGGAAGGGUGAACUCCUGAAGCCCUUCACUGGAAGCGUGAGAGGCUGCGGCGGAGACCAGCGGUGGCGCGGGGCCAGGCGGUGGCGUGGGCUGCCUGCGCACGCCGUGCAUUCUCAGAAUCGCUGGGAAUGAUUUCUGCUUUGCAGUUCACGUGAGAGCCCCCACUUCUUCCCUCAGUCCCGCCCAGGCCGGAUGCGAGGGCAGCUUCAACAGCGGUUUUGAUAGAGCAUGUUGAGUGAUCACGAAUGUCAGAGGGGCCGAUGAUGGUGGGGGUGGGGAGCAAAGAGACGCUCCAGGCCCGCUGCUCCGCACGGGGGCGCGAGGGACCCCCGGGAGUCUCCAUCUUUCUCAUCCUGGUGAAUGUUCCCGGUCACUGGCCCGCCCUGGAAUCCACUGCCAAUUCUAGAAAAGCCAUCCAGGCUGGAGGGUCAGGACUUUACGUUCUGCGAGAAACCAAGCCGCACCACGUGGCUCCCGGGUGGCUUUGGCGAGAAUCAGUGACCACGUGCUGACCUUGGACAUUGUGAACCUUGGAACUGUUCCUGGGGGUCGUGUGACUGUUGGGGCCCGUCCCCCUCAUCCCCCAGAGUUGCGGAGGACACAUCACGGGACCGUAGACCUUUCAGACCUCCCUGCACGCCAGGACUCUGGCCCAGCGACUACAUCGCCUGCAGUCUUGAUUUUUUAAGAGAAAAAUCAGAACCAAUGGCUGGAGAGUGAGCUCUCAGGAUCACGGAGAGGCACUAGUCUAGGUUGUAACUUCCUUCGUGGCUCGGUGCGAAAGGGGCAGCAGCUACGCCCAGGCCCUCUUCCUGGUCGCCCGGAUUCCGAGGUGAGGGCGUCGGUGGGCGUCUGACUCUGUCUCUCCCGCCGUCUCCUGUCCCUGGGCGGUGUGGGGGGGGGUAUCCUAAUUUCCCUUCUAAUCUUGCUGGAUUCAAGGUUAGAAAAUGGCAUAUUCACUCUGAUGUGUUCGAGAAGAGAAAUAAAGUUACUUUGGGCAGAA